GGCAGGAGGAAUCGCCUGGAGUGCAGUUCAGUCCAUGACAGGGAAGACGACUGUGACCCACCAGCACCAGACCCUCAUGCUAGCCCGCUGUAUCAUCUGGGCCAUCUCCGUUUUGAGCCAAGGAAUCCUGGGUGGCUAUCUCCUAACCUCACUGACAAAGCGUGAUGGUGGUGGUCGAUGGUCAAGUUCUCUUUCUCAGGAGCUUGAGAUUCUUCCCGACCAAGCCAGUGUUGGUGACAAGGACGACGUGGUGAAAUCUCCGUCCAUCAUCCUUGAGUCUCCACGGCCUUCCACUGAUGUGAAAAGAAGCUGCGACAUUGUGCCGGAGCUUCAGCUUUCAGCUUCUCGUACAGAGUCUCAGAAUUCUAAUCGUUAUUCCGGUCGGACGCUGUACCAACAAGACUCCAAGCAGAGCUCUUUCGACUUGCAGCGAACUCAUAUGGCGGAUACUGAAACUACAGUGACUCGUUCCCAAACAGACGACCCGGCUGAUAACCCGACUGAUAACCCGACUGAUAACCCGACUGUCAACCCUUCUGGCAUGGAAGAACGGAGUGAGCCCCCUAAGAUCCGACGAAGCUACUCCGGGGCCAAACGAUCUUUCGAAGGGUUAAUCCGUCAGUCUUCGUCAACUCGAUCGUCCCCUGCCACAUCUUCCACGCAUCUAGCGGCUCCUGGUCGACCUAUUCCUCCGAAGUUGAAACUCACUGAUGAAAGCUUUAUCCAUCCAUUGUUCCGGUCGGAUAGUGCAUCGCCUCCCCCAACUCCGAUGCCAGGUACCACUGUAAUCGCCUCACCCGCCGCUGGGCAGACCAUCUCCGUGCAGACCCUGAAUCGAGUGAGAUCGACCCGGUCUCUCCGGUCCCACGUACCCCGAAGCCGAUCACCCUUAUUUGAGCAAGUGGACCAGCCGCUUGCCAGGCUGGAGCGGAAGUCUGAGUCUUUGGAACGCAGUGGGCGAGAUUCUCCCAUGCCCAGCUUCAUCAUGGCAGCGGAUGUGCGAAGCAGUAUCACCCGCUACGAGAAGAAAUAUGACUUGAAUGAAUCCCCUGACGAGAGCUAGUCAGACGAGCUCCUGAAGGUCACAAGGAAUCGGGAUCUGGGUCUGGAUGCCUCUCACUUGUUGUUAUCAUUGUUCUCCUUUGUUAGAUAUCCUAAAUAUAGCGUUCGAUGUACUUAGC